CUUUACUUGGCAUAACGAUUAUCUUCCUGCAGAAAUAAACUUAGCUGUGCAGUUCAGCAUUGAGUGAGUACAGCUGAGCUGAUGAGCGUGUAGCUGGUCUGUGGCUAGCAUGAGCGUGUAGUAUGAACGUGUAGUUGGUGAGUGACUAGCAUGAUCGUGUAGCAUGAGCGCGUAGUUGGGUUGUGACUAGCAUGAGCGUGUAGUUGGUCUGUGACUAGCAUGAACGCAGCCUCGUGACGACAUCGGGGAGGAUAGUUCAGGGCGCCACAGCCCUGCACGCUGCACACACACUAUCACACCUAACAGGACUGAAUGCAACGGACAAAGCACAAUGGCCGCUCUACCGCAGUCGGCCACCAGACACAGCGUCUUGGCACAGCACUUGGCUCAGUUGUUCGCACUACAGGCAUUAUUAUUGCUGCUGGGGGUAACGUCCCCGCGCAACACACUAGCUUUUCCUCAGAGUGUCAUCCCCCACGACGGUGACAUCGGUACGGAACCAUCGUACGAGCACUUCAUUGAAGAUGCGGGGGGUGCCUGGGAAAAAUUGAAUUCGGGCAUAUCGGAAACGGCUGAGCCACAAAAAAAUAACGUUGCAGGGAACAUACUAAUCGACACAAACGGCAAUUUCAGAAAUGAAGAUGUAAAUGCAGCUGAAGUGCAAUCAAAAACAGAAGCAUCUAAGACAAAACCGAGAAUUUCGAUAAUGAAAGAUGCUCCGCAAACAUGGAGGAGCCUUGGUCUCGAGUCUGCUUCGCUUGCUCGUGAUGUUCAGGAAGAAGGCAGACGAUCUCAGGAAUUAACGAGCUCCAACCUACAGCAGAACAAAGGAAAUAUCCGAAACAUGUGCCCUGUUGACUGCAAAUGUGGCCUCAUUACCGGCGUCACGUGUUAUUCACCCAGUGACACAGCAGAGCUUCCAGUAGACUUCCCAGCUGGAGUUAAAGUUUUGACUCUCUUCGGAUAUAAGAAAAUCUCACAAGAGCUUGUUCAACUAACGGAUCUCAGAGAACUCAGUGUAUACGAUGGAAAUCUCACGGUGCUGCCGUCGUUACCUGAAUCCCUAAUGCACCUACGCAUCACUAACAGCAAUUUGAGAGACGUUAGAGCUAUCCGAAAUUUGCCCCGCUUAUUAGCGCUCAACAUGGCUCACAACAAUAUAACUGAAGCAGAUCUCUCAAUGUUGGAUGAUCUCUUAAGCUUAGACAUGUCAAAUAACCCUCUACGAAGAAUUCCUAAACUUCCGACCAGUUUGACAAUUUUAGACUUACACAGCACGGACUUGAUGGAACAAGCAGCAACGUGGGACGUUUAUUUACCAAACUUGAAGCGCCUUAUCCUCACCGAAAUGAAGACGACACAACCACCAUACUUAAUACUGCCCAAAUUGGAAUACUUGGAUAUGUCCCAUUCAAAAAUCAGAACAUUACCCUACCUGUCGUCACUACCUAAUUUGAAAGAAAUCAAUCUCGCCCACGUGAAGAUAUCCGAAGCUCUCCAGGUUCAUUUUAAAGGAGCGUACGAGUUAAUGAGAAUUGAUUUAAGUUAUACAAAUGUGACUAAUUUACCUGACAACAUCUUUGCUGGCAACCCUAAGCUGAAGGAAAUAAGACUUCAUCACACCAGUCUUCAGUCAGUAGGCGAUUAUACCUUCCAUGGUCUGUGGAAUCUCGAGAAACUGAUUUUGAGCUACAACCCUAACUUAGUAAGCAUUGAUGACAAGUCCCUGGAACCGCUUAAAAAGCUCAAAAUAUUAGACAUAUCGAAUGCGUCAAUAAGAGUUCUGCCUUAUUCAAUCAGGGGGUUGAACUUGACAAAUUUGAUAGCGAACAACCUCACCCUCCUUUGUGAUUGUCAUGCCUAUUGGUUGCCUAGUUACCUUUCUUCCAUUAGUGGCACUGAAAUGAUCUUUUUGGGACUCGAUGCGAUUAAAUGUGCCGAUGGUGUCACAAGAACUACAAGCGAGUUAGAAGACCACAUUUAUAACCAAAACUGUCAAGCUCCUGACAUAUUGUCUCCGCCUGACGUGACUUUGCGGCGAGGCGAGGGCAAAACAGCACUUCUCGAGUGUAAUGCAACAGGGUUCCCGCUGCCCACAAUCAUCUGGAUAUCCCCGAAUAAAAAAUAUUAUUCGCACAGCCACAUCGAAGUACAGCCCUGGUACAGUGUCAAGUUCAGACACGUAGUUGAAAGUCUCACGUCCCCCGACGACGACGACGAGCUUAACGACAAGAUCCAGCCUUUGAAGUCAGGGCAAUUGCUGAUUCAGAACAUGUCUCGCGAUGACGUUGGAUUGUAUAGAUGCAUUGCUGUGAACUCACUAGCCAGCGUCGUGUCGACAACUUCGUUGUGGCUCACUGUUGAUGAUCGCGAGGCUUAUGAAAUAAGGACUUUGUUAUUCGGUUUGGCCUGCGCCAUGGCUUUCCUUCUAACCACCCUGGUCGUGCAGCUCAUCAGAUACGUCAUGGAUAGGAUGGGCUGGGAAUGCUGCUGCUGCCGUGACCGACUGUCCUCGCGAGCGAUGCAGGUCAAGAAACUGCUCGAGAGCAUCGAGUCGUACAAGUCUCAGCAGCUCGAGAGGCUCAGAGACAACUAUAAUUCGCAGGUGGUCACCAUAAAAGAAAGCUGCUACCAACAAAUGGAGCGCCUCAGUGAGAGCUACACUACACAAUGCAAAAAUUUGCAAAGCAUCAAAGACUACAGCGCACAGCAGCUCACGACAGCCAGGGAUCAAUACGUGGAACAGGCGAAUCGCGUGCGAGAUUAUUCGGUGAGUCAGAUGAACAAAGUCAGCGAAAACUACGUGUUCCAACGGCAGCGGAUUCGCAAGUUCAGUGCACAUCAGCUCUUCAAGUUGCGCGAGACUUACAAGUACCAGCAGAAAACGCUCAACAAAAUACUUGAAAAUAUCCCGGACUUGUACUUGCAAAAUUGCCGUACCGGAGGAAGCUGCAACCGAGGUGACUCAAUGGUCUUUGAUGAUGAAAUUCACGGGAUUGAUGCGUAUUACCGGCUAGAUUUUCUUCACCCUUUAGGAGCAAGUACGGAAAGCUCUGAAGAUAUGUACUACACUCCGUCCAGCACGCUUACAAAAGUACAGCGACAAGCGUUCAUACAACAACACAGACGAAAUCAUUCAAGCUGCAGUGCGUCUACGAACGAAUACCACGAAGCCGCUCAAUCCUGGGCCUCAAAUACCCCUUCAGUUCAGAGCCCUGGAACAUCUCCUUCACACUUGACUACUCAGCCACAACCAACAGUUAACGGCAAGUGUAAGUCACUGAAACAUUCUAGGAGCUUGAGUUAUUCAGUCGGUAAACAAACGAACAAAGGACACGCGCUGUCACAUAGGAGAACACACAGCGCUAACUUACACACGAAAAGCCCGAUCGUAAAAGUGCAUCUCACCCCAACUCAGGUAGACAAGAAUUGCAGGCAACCGCAGCGACCGAAGUCGACCGACUUCAGUUCAGAUUUGCAAGCUGCAACUCUGGUAGUGCAAGGCAAUGCUUCAGAUACCGAAGCUACAACCAAACGAAAGAGUCCAACCGAAAGCGAGAUUAGCGGAAGCCCAAGAGCAUCCACUUCUAUUUGUAAAUCCUCAUUGAUCCUUGAACCGGCAGACAAAUUGGAUGAAAUAGCAACAUUUUUAGCCGACCCAGUCGUGAGAAAAAAUUCGGACGCAACAAAAACAGAAUCAAGUACUUCACGAAUAAUAGGUACGCUCGACGCGAGUGCGAAACCUGGUGAUAGCGACUCGAAAUCAGUGGUGAGCUUAGAAGGAAAACGUGAAGCACUAUUGUCUGAUCUCAGUGAAGCAAAGAAAGAAGCUAGCAGCAGGAAGAGAAGUCUGUCUAGAGAAGGUAGUAAAGAAAUUGAAGGCAGGUUUGCUCUAGCUUCCGUCACAGAAGAUCAAGAGCCAGGGUCGUCUACCUCCACCGAGUCCCACUUCUAAAUUACCUGAAGCCGUCAUUAUAAUUAUAAUGUAAGUGGAAGAAUAUUCAUAUAUUUUCAUGGUAAUCCUAAAUAAUUAUCUCGUGAACUUCAUAAAUGCUAAAUAUAGUUCAAGAGAAUGGAAAAUACAGAGUAGACCAGACACGAAAUUUUCAAUACCAAUCGUCCGUAACUCCAGGCUUAAGCUACUUAAUCCUAUCCAUAGGAUAGGAUUAAGUUGACUAGUAUGCACGCAGACUAUGGAUUAUAUCGAUAGUCUGCGUGGUUGUGAUACCGGACCGGUAUUAAAGUAAAUUCCAACCUAACCUUAAAGUGAAUAGCAACUUCUUUACACGCAAAUUAAAAGUGUUCAUGGGAUGAAUAUUGACUUAAAAUAGAAAGUAAAAGCGAUCGAUGUUAUGCGGUAAAUAAGGGUACAACAAUGCUCGGCCUAGGCUAAAUAAUAACAAAACUGAAUGGCAGAAUAAAUGCCAUCAGGCAAUCAUAGUAAUCGGAAAAGUGCAGUUUAAACGGAGAAGUCAUUAUUUUUGCUGAAGAAAGAUUUUUCCGUAGUGAAUAUUGUACUUGUCGUAGUUACAUAAGUUCGUUCAACAUCUACGAUGCUACAAUGCGGCUAGUGCUGCUCGAAACAAUGUUUUCUGCCUUAUUAAUUGUUGGGCAAUUUAAGUAGAAUUAGCAUUAUAAUAAGUAGACUCCAUUCAUCAAGUUGCUACAGUUUACGGCGGUCGCUGUCACGGUGUAAAAUAAAAGUUUUAGCUUCCACAACAAAAAGUAAGAGAUAAUAGAAUUACAAGCAUAUUCAUUUGGUGUUUUUUCAUUAACGUAUAACUAAAACGUCAAGUGCAUACGAUCUACUCGCUAGGAAAGAUAAUCAAUUUUUUUUCUCGUGAAAACACUAUUUUCUCUUAAAUAAUUACUGCGAACGUACACUUCUCAUUAUUCUAGCAAUCUAUAUAUGUCACUAUAACGGUGAUAAAUAUUUUUUCAGUGAAAUAAUGAAGCUAACGUACAAAGAAUUCAAAUGAUAUACAAAUUAAUAACUCCGUGCCAAUAGUCGUAAUAAAAUCGGACCAAAAUGAACCCCAUGCAGUAAUAUCUAAUAAACGGCGAGCAAUAAUCCUAUAACCGAUGAACACCUCAAAUACAGUCCAGUACAUGCACUUUUCAUUCGUGAAUUGAAACAAUACACCAAUAUAUUUUUACAAAUUUUCGGUUUCAAGAUUACUACUCUAAAGAUUUCUGCUAUCGAUUUAUAAGCCGUAAUUGAAUUCUGCUUGCGGUGGAAAAGUUCCAUGAAAGAGCGCACUUCUCAGUUGUGUACGCGAAUAAAGAAAGUAUGUGUCUGGCCUUGAUACAAGUAGCUAAACUUAGGCACGGUUAUAUAAGCACUCUCCACUGUUGACCGUACCGUAUAUAUAGUCAAUGGAAUGUGACCCUUGAAUUAUGUGGGAUAUAAAGGAUGAUAACAGUAGUUAGAAAAAACACGAUCCCAAGUAUGAGAAGAAGGUUAUUCUCAUUUGCAAUGUGACAGAAAGAGUAAUAACGUUAUUUGGCAUAAAAUAUUUGAGUUUUAUGUCGUACUUUUGAAUACAUUUUUAUGUGAGUGUUAUGUAUACAAGAUUUCCACGACAGCCAUAUUUGGGCUCAGAAGACUGAAAGAAGUGUUAGCAUUACUGCCGGUAUUUAUGUCAUAUUUGGGCUCAGAAGACUGAAAGAAGUGUAAGCAUUACUGCCGGUAUUUAUGUCAUAUUCGGGCUCAGAAGACUGAAAGAAGUGUUAGCAUUACUGAGUCAUAUUUGGGCUCAGAAGACUGAAAGAAGUGUAAGCAUUACUGUCGGUAUUUAUGUCAUAUUUGGG